UUAUUUGAAGUGAAUGCCAGUAACACAGACAGUCGCGGGAACAAGGUCCCCUGUCUCUUCUUAACUGGAUUAAAGUCACCAGCUAAGUGACGACUGUCCCCGCGUAUCCAACUCCUAGAGCGAUCCAUGCACCAGUGAGAGCUACACACGUACUCGCAGCCUCCCACACAGGGCGAGGGGCUGCUGGGGCCCCCGUGGAUCGAGCGUCCGGAGAGGGAUGGUUCCCGCUGGAGUUUUCCCAGAGGAAGCUCAAUGUCCCCGCUCUGGGCACCAAGACCUGUAAUAACCUCCCUGCCCAGCGGGGUGGGCAACAGUUGUCCUGCGUUCAGCUGCCUCCCCUAUUUAAUGUGAGGCCCCUUGCACCGCGCCAUGCGUGACAAACCCAUCCCGCAGCUAGUGUGUUAGAGCAGGGGCCCGGCAGCCAGGACACCUGGGUUCUCUCCCAACCCUGGGAGGGGAGGGGGGUCUAGACUUUAGAGCAGGCAGGGGGUUCCCUGCAGUCCCCCCUCUAGCUGGUCUCUCCACUGCGGGUGGUUGAUGUUGCUCUGGGUCAUCACAGGAACCAACCAGCCCUUUGCUCUUUCCUCUGCUCCCCAGCGCCACGGCUGCCCGGGGUCACCAUGAGGUGUCUCCUCUGGCUGCUGUUCCUCCCAGGUAAGGCCCCUUUGCCUCGCCCUGAAGGUCUGGCUCCUUCAGACCCACAGAGCCCUGGGGGCAGGGGAGAAGGGAGGGGAGACCCGGCUGGGGGUCACAAGCUCAGAGGAAGGUUUUCCUCUGUGAGAUUUACUCCACUUGCAUCAGAGUGAUGGGAUCCAGUGAUAGGGGGUUGGGAAGGUUGUGUCGGGAUUCAGGAUUCCUGGGUUCUCUUCAUUGUGCAGAUGGGGAAACUGAGGCACGGAGGCACACCAUGAGCUGAACCGGGAGUUUAGUGCUUGGAAUCAAACCCCGAUCUCCUGAGUCCCAGUUCAGCACCGGAAGCGCCCGGCCAGCGUGCGCCUCGCUGCCAUCUCAGUCACUCUGCUGCUUCCAGGCUUCCUGUGUCACUGAGACCAACCCGCCGAGGUGCCCGCGUCCCUGAUCGCUUGGACGGGGGCCUGUCUGUCCAUCCCGUGCCACUAUAAAUCCUGCCUCCUGAACCCCAGAAGGCCAAACAACCCAACCAUCAACUCCCUGGCCUGGUACCUGAACCCUGGCUAUGACCCUGAGAAGAAAGAUUUCAGUGACACCGUCCUCUAUAAACACAACGCCUCCAUCAGCCCGGCCUUUGCAGGGCGCGUGAGGUUCCUGGGGGACCUGGAGAGAGAUUGCAGCCUGCAGCGGUGUGACCUGCGGGCCAGCGAGAACGGCUCCUAUGGGCUGAGAGUGAUCCUCUCGAACUCCAGGAAGAAGCGGGAGGAGUAGAAGUGGAUGACUUAUCAGUGUGAACGUGAUGGAUUCGCCUCCAGCUCCUCAAAUCCAACCACCCAGUGAGCUCAGGGAGUCAACCCUGGCCUAUGUGGUUUGCUCUGUAGCCUAUCACUGCCCCGACUACCCCAUAACCCUGACGUGGAUCGGUUUGGGGCAUGUGACCCCUGAGCCCACCAUGAGGACGGAGAGCGGAAGCACCAAGAGCACACUGACUUUCACACCCACCUGGCAGGACCAUGGGACAAAUUUAACCUGCCGGCUCAGCACCCCGGCUGGGACACUGAGCUCUGAGAGCAGCGUGGUGCUGGACGUGAAAUAUGCCCCUAAGGGAGUCCAGUUGAACGUGACACCCGGACAGACCAUCCGAGAGGGGGACAGACUCGUGCUGAUGUGCAUGACCAGUGGCAGUAACCCCCCCAUCUUCACGUACAAGUGGCGUAAGGACACAGAGUACCUGCACCAGGGGCAGGAGCAGAAGUGGGAGUUUGAAGCCAAGGGGGACGAGCAUUCCGGCUCCUAUCUCUGCGAAGCCGUCAAUGAAAUAAGCCUGGUCCGAUCCCCAGAGCUGAGGAUAGACGUCCAGUAUGCCCCAAAGGAUGCUCGUGUUGAACUGCUUAUGGGCUCUCCGAUCCAGGAAGGGACCAUGGUUGUGCUCAGCUGCUCCUGUAGGGCUCAUCCAGUCGUCAGCGGCUACACAUGGUACAAAAACGGCCAGCACAUCCCAGCACAAACCCAGCAGGAGCUGCGCUUCGACAAGAUCCAUGCUGACCAGUCCGGUUCCUACCACUGCAAGCCUGAGAACAGAGUCGGGAUGUCGGAAUCGCCAGCCAUUACAGUCGACGUACAGUACGCCCCCAAGGAGGUACGAAUCACCCUUGAAAACCCCCUGUACGUCCGGGAAGGCAACAUAGUGACGCUGAACUGCUCCGUGGGCAGCAGUAACCCCCCAGUGACUAAGUAUACGUGGUACAAGGAUAACAGCCAGUAUCAGGAGACUGAAGAGAGCAUCCUGACCUUCCCUGCUACAAAAGAGCGGUCUGGUAACUACAGCUGUGCGGCUCAGAACGCGAUCAGCUAUGGACAGUCUCUGCCUGUCUCCGUGGAUGUGCAGUAUGCCCCCAAGCAUGUUUCCGUGGUGCGGCAGCCAUCGGGGAUCAUUGAGGAGGGCAAGGCCGUGACCCUGGAGUGCUACGUGGGCAGCGCCAACCCCUCUGACCUGCAUUACACCUGGUACAAGGACAAGAAGCGGCAGGGCGAGAAGUCUACCAGGCUGAAGCUGGUGGCCGUGGUGUCGGCUGAUUCGGGCCAGUACCACUGUGAGGCUCGGAAUGACUUGGGCACCACCCCUGCCGAGCCCAUCCCGCUGGAUGUCUGGUAUGGCCCCCGGGAUGUACAGCUGUCCGUGACCCCGCAGGGGCAGAUUGUGGAGGGGAUGGAGGUGAUACUGCGGUGCUGGGCCGACGCCCGCCCACCCAUCCUGGGCUACGACUGGUACCGGGAUGGCCAACUGCAGGAGCGCCAGAGCCAGGCCGUGCUGAUCAUCCUGGCUGUGAAGGUCAGGGCGUCCGGGCACUACCACUGUCGGGCCAGAAACCUGAUCUCCUACGGGGACUCCUCGUCCAUCCCCCUCACCGUCUACUCCAGCUCCAUGACUAUAGCCAAGAACUCAGCUCUAGGGGUCGGCGUGGUGGUAGUGUUUAUCGUCCUGCUGGUGGUUCUGGUCUUGGCCCUUAGGCGAUGGAGGAAGCGGCGUCUUCCCGAGCUGGUUGUGGAGCCCUUGGGCAGGCAAAGGAGAUCGUUCUUUCCUAGGAGACGGGAACCUUUGAAAACCCAGCGGCCCGCCAGCUCAGUGGGGUGCCUGAAUGGAAUUUCCGUAGAUGCCAUCAAUUAUGCUACACUCCAGUUCCCACCCAGCCACCCCCAGGGGUCGACCGCCCCUGCCAGGGUGCCAGGAAACUCGAGGCAGCGAGUGAAGCCAGGGGGCCCGGAUGAAACUGUUAUUUACAGUGUGGUGAAGAAACCCAACCUGCUGCCCAAGGGCGAAGCGAAGGACGACUAUGAGAAUGUGGGGACCCGGCCGGAGGAGGAGGAGGAGCUGAACUACUGCACCCUGGUGCUGCCGCGCCCCCGGGCCCCACACGGCCGCUGGGAGUCCGAGUCGGACUCAGAGUCGGAGGAGAGUGUCCAGUACGCGGCCCUGAGGCACUGAGCCUUCCCCGGACGGGGUCAGCUCCCCACUGCCCGUGGAGUCCGGCCGUGGACCCACGGAGCCCGGCCACGGACCCAUGGAGCCCGGCUAUGGACCCAUAGAGCCUGGCCACAGACCCACGGGGCCCGGCCACGGACCCACAGAGCCUGGCCAUAGACCCAUGGAGCCCAGCCAUGGACCCAUGGACCCACGGAGCCUGGCCACAGACCCACAGGGCCCGGCCACGGACUCACGGAGCCCGGCCGUGGACUCACGGAGACUGGCCAUAGACCCACGGAGCCCGGCCAUGGACCCACGGAGCCUGGCCAUGGACCCACAGACCCACAGAGCCUGGCCACAGACCCACAGAGCCUGGCCAUAGACCCAUGGAGCCCAGCCAUGGACCCAUGGACCCACGGAGCCUGGCCACAGACCCACAGAGCCCGGCCACGGACUCACGGAGCCCAGCCAUGGACCCACGGAGCCUGGCCAUGGACCCACGGAGCCUGGCCAUGGACCCACAGACCCACAGAGCCUGGCCACAGACCCACGGAGACUGGCCAUAGACCCACGGAGCCCGGCCAUGGACCCACGGAGCCUGGCCACAGACCCAUGGAGCCCAGCCAUGGACCCACGAAGCCUGGCUAUGGACCCACAGGGCUGCACCAUGGACCCAUGGAACCCGGCCACGGACCCACCGGAUGGAGCCUGGCCCCAGCCACUCUGGACUCUCCGCGCCAAUUGAGCUCUGGACACUGGGCCCCAUCUAGAGACCCCAGACCCUGGGCGAGGGGGCGGGGUCAGUGGCUCUAGCGCUGGAUCUGGACAGGGGAGCAGAGCGGGGGUGGGGCGGGCAGAGUCUGUGCACCUAGAGAUAAACACACGAGAUGUGAUGCAGGGCCAAGGGAUGGGGUGUGCCAGCCAGCAGGGGGCAGCAGGGACACACACACACACACACACAGCAAGGGAUGGGGUGUGCCAGCCAGCAGGGGGCAGCAGGGGCACACACACACACACACACACACACGCACACACAGCAAGGGAUGGGGUGUGCCAGCCAGCAGGGGGCAGCAGGGACACACACACACACACACACACACACACACAGCAAGGGAUGGGGUGUGCCAGCCAGCAGGGGGCAGCAGGGACACACACACACACACACACACACACACAGAGCAAGGGAUGGGGUGUGCCAGCCAGCAGGGGGCAGCAGGGACACACACACACACACACACACACACACAGACAGCAAGGGAUGGGGUGUGCCAGCCAGCAGGGGGCAGCAGGGACACACACACACACACACACACAGCAAGGGAUGGGGUGUGCCAGCCAGCAGGGGGCAGCAGGGACACACACACACACACACACACAGCAAGGGAUGGGGUGUGCCAGCCAGCAGGGGGCAGCAGGGACACACACACACACACAUACACACACAGAGCAAGGGAUGGGGUGUGCCAGCCAGCAGGGGGCAGCAGGGACACACACACACACACACACACACACACACAGAGACAGCAAGGGAUGGGGUGUGCCAGCCAGCAGGGGGCAGCAGGGACACACACACACACACUUCCCCAACUGGCUGUAGGACACACCUGUCUGCAGCAGGGGGCGCUUUCCCUCUUUACCCCACCCCCACCCCCAGCUAUCCCCAUGACUCUCCAGGUGCUGCCCCCUGAGGUUUAGCCCCCCAACACGGCGACCCCCCGAGGCCCACAGGCUGUGGGUGAUUCUCCUACCAGCUGAGCCUGGUUUGGCCAAGUCCCACUCCCCUACCGCCCCCCCCCCCACAGGUGAUAGGGGACCCCUGGGGCAGGGGACCCCACAACUAUCGCUCAAGAGCCAGAUCAACCUGCUGUAGCUUUGCUAGUGCGCUAUAGGAUGGAGCGGGGGGGCUGGGAGCCAGGACUCCUGGGUUCCAGCCCCAGCUCUGGGAGGGGAGUGGGAUCUAAUGGGGGGAGGAGUUGCAAUGCCCACUGAAAUGUUUAUAAGUGUAGUAUCUGUUUAACAGCCUCGCAGCGAGGCUGCGCGGGGACGGCUCCUCCGGUGCUGGGAUGCCAGCUCUGGGGUGGGGCAGCCAGGGGACAGCCGCACGCAGUCACUCAGUGCUUUCCUUUCUAAUUAGCGAGUGCCUUCCCCCGCCCGCAGCUGGGCUAGCACGCGCCUGGCACGAGGAAUCAGGGAUGUAAUUGGCAUCUCUUCCCGCCGUAGGCUCAGCAAUAAAAGUACUUUACAGGCUAUUAACUGCAGCAGGAACUGGUCAAAUAGCUUGUUCUGUAAACAGCUCUCCGCUCGAAAGCACCAGAGCGUUCGGGCCCCCGCUGCCCUGGGCACAGCUGCCACUGCAGGAAAAGAAAUAAAUUGAUCCAUGAGCAUUG